GUCAAGAUUCUUCCCGGUGACUUGAGCCGCGAGGAGCUGUCACCUAGGAACUCCACCUGGCCCGAGCCGAGUGGGAGGAUCCAAUCCGGACCACCUUCCCCGCCCUCUGCGAGGCCUGUUCAGUCACAGAAGAGGCGGGGAGGUGAUAUCUGGCCCAACAGGUCGGAUGGGCGCUCAGAGAGAGAGCCGAGUUGCCGAGGGACCGAGCAGCUUCUCAGUCAGGUGGAUUGCGGGACGCAACAGGUGGGAAUCGGACAAUGACCUCGCUGUGCUGCUGAGAGGGAUCUGUGCUCAGAGACGAGACACACCGACCCUCACCUCACUGGACGAGAGAGGAAUUUCCCUACGGUGCCUCUGAGGGUUGGAGCGCAACUCAGGAAGGAGCAGUGGGAGGAGGGUCUACUGAAGAGGAGGAGAAGGGAGAGGAGGGGCGUGGGGUACACAUUGUGGGACCGUGGAGUGGACACAAGCGGAGACAUGCUUCGCUACGGGUCGGGACGAAGGUUUUCCAGCACCACCACCACCACCACCACUGCCGACCCACUAGAGUCCGGAAGCGAGAGGUCAGUCAGGCGUCUCAGGUUGACUCUCCAUCCAGGAAAUGCCAACAAGGAGCACAAAGCUGCGAAUCCAGAAACGGAUGGCUGGAAGAAGAGGAAUGGCAUCAUUCAAAGGGAGAGGCCAGCUGGCAGAGAGUCACCCAAGCCGCACCUGGGUGACAUGACCAAUGGGCAGCCCGAGCCCUCGCUGCAGCAUCAUGGGCCCAAAUUCUACGGCCUAGUGCAGAGUAACAGCCCGGACAGACAGCAGCAAGUGAUGCCGCGAGAGUGGACCGUCAGUCACCUUCGCGAUGAAAUGAAGUACAUCAAGGAGGUGAGAGAUUCUCUGGAGAAGGUCAGAGAGCGCAUGUACGGCCAGUUUGGGGGCAUGCAGCAAUCUGUGCGGAAGCUCUCAGAGGAAGUAAAGACUGCCAACUCCCAUCGUAGGAGUCUGGAGUCAGAGGUGAGGAUCCGCACAGAGGCAAUGGAGAGAUUUGAUCAGAUGAACAGCUCCCUUAUAUCAUCCAAUAUCGGCCUGCAGAAAUCCCUUCUGGAGAACUGUCAGAAUCGAGUGGACUCAAGGGAAGAGAUGAAUAGUUUGCGCACUACGUGUGAGAGAGCACAAGAACAGCUCCGAGACAGGGAGAGAGAGCUGGCCGCGGCGCAGGCUGAAAACCAGACGCUCAGACUUCAGGUGGAAUCUUCACGGGAGGCCAACAGUCAGGCCCUAAUGGAGCUCUCCAUGGCGCUCGAAAGGGACUAUCAGGAAAAGCUGCUGGAAGAGCAAAAGAAACACAGGGAGGAGAUUGAAAUACUCCAGGCACAACUGGACGACUACAUCAGACGACUAGAGGACGCUGAAAUGAAUAUGAGGAUCGCAGAAGGCAAAAUUGCUGAGCGGGAUCUGCGGAUCGGUGAACUCGAGCGCCUGCUAGACUGCAUGGAAACGGAAAAGAUCCAACUCCACCAGAAACUGCAGGAAUGUGAACGCCGUCUUCGCCUAUUGGACACUUGUGAUACAACAGAUGGAGCUGUAUUCAAAAGGUCACACGAGCUGCAAAGUGAAGCCGGAGGUCUUCGAGAGAGAAUCAAACACUUGAACGACAUGGUCUUCUGCCAACAGAGGAAGGUCAAAGGGAUGAUUGAGGAGGUGCAAACACUACGAGCUCAAGUUGCUGAGAAGGACAUGUUCAUCUCAGAACUGCUGGACCGAAUUGCAAUUGUGGAGUGUGAGAAUAAUGAGUUAGAAGACAAGCUCAAGUAUUUUAUGUCCACACAGAGUAGUGAAGAGGAGGAUUUGGACUUUGGGAAGAUAGGACGAGUCUGCAAUACACUCUCGCGAGUUGAAGAAGCACCAUGGCAUGAGGUUGACUUUCCUGUUCUGCAUGAAUCCACUCAUCUUUAUCCUAUAGAAGAACACCCCCCAUCUGAACACUUGUUUGUCAUACCACCUCUGCCACAAAAACGACCUCCACCACCCCCAGAUUCCGCUUUACCAUACGCAUAUGCUUCACUACCCCCCGAACCUCCUUUAUCACCCACACAACCUCCCUUGCCCCCACUGCCUUCAUCACCCACAGCAUCCUCAUCACCCACACCGCCGUCGUCACCCACAUCACCCCCAUCAUCCCCAUCAUCUCCCACACAAGCAUCCGAUGAGGCUAUUAUCCGCCGCCCUUCCCUCUUCCUUACAAUGGCUACUCAACCAAGGACGUUCAGGCAUAACAUCCCUCCUCCCAGCAGGGUGGAGUCCAGUUUACUUCGCUACACGCCCGUUGAGUACAGCCGCUACCUGGAGGCCAACCCGACACCGCAGAUUGACACGUACUCCUCCACCCGAAUGUCAUCGGAAUCCCAAAGUUACGAGAACCAGCCCAUCGACGAGGUGGACGUGGGAACCGACACACUGACGGCAUUAAAUCAAGAUGAAAGUUUGACCGCCUCCACCAGAGCAAGAUCGGGGAUUGCGUACCUUGACACGCCAUUCUUGAAAUUAAUGGAAAUAUCAGCAAAUAUCAAAAUAGAGUGAUUGGAGAGGAUACAACAUUUUUAGGAUACACUUGACAGUGAACCCCGCCAUUUAUCACGGCCAAACCUAUAGAGACCAUAAAAAAAAACAAAACAUUAUUCAACGGAUUUAAUCUCUGUAACACACUUAAAAAAAUCAUUUUAUUAAAACACACUAUUAAAGUAUUCCUUACUAGUAUUCGUGAUAAUACAAUAGGAUAAUUGCUUUUUAAUUUAUUCCUGAGUUAUCACACACUCGCUCACACAGUUCUCUAAAUAAUAGGUAAAGUGUGCCUUAAUUAUUACUUUUUUAAUCGCUCCUCAAUCUAGUAUAAGCACAACCAACUUUUGAUUUUGGCAAAACGGGUGAAAGUACUUCCUUCUGGCGUGUGUAAAUGGAAGAACCCUAUAGCAGGGGACACAGCACUUAAAAUGUCUUCAUUGUCUUUAAUUUUCCAUAAGAUGUCUUCGAGAGCUACCAAAGAUGACAAUAUCUCAUGUUUUGGCUUUUUUCAGGUUUACGUCCACCAUAUCAUAUAUGUAGGAAUUAAUUAUUUACGUAUUUAAGGUUUGUCUGAAGACAUUAGCUAUAAAGGAAAUCAAGUUUGAGUUGAAACAAUCAUGGCAUUAACCCGUUGUUAUGCUAAUUAUGGUAGCAUGCACUGGAAGUCCACUAGCCUGUAUUCCUGGUUUGGUCACGCGGCACACCACAUGUAGUGGAUUGACAUUUACUGUGAAAAUGACGCAUAAUACAAAAGGGAAUUGAAGUUUGUCGAUUCCAAAUACCAAACCAUAGAUUACAACUAACAGGGAUAUAAUAUUUUCUCGCUGCUUAGCAGGGGACCUUUUGUGUAUUUUCUCUUCUCUUAAUUGCGCUGCAUCUACUUCAGCAGCGCUCAGGACUGCUUGGCAAAUGGGGAGUGGCCUGUAUACUGUAAAAACCCAUAAAAUAAGAUCGCUUAAAUGUCUGCGAUAAUGCUGGCACUGCGAUACAAGGGGGUUCACUGUACAUGGACAUUUAGAAGCAGGAAGCUACAGCUAGCAAUUCUGUAUCUUAGCCAAGUACAACAAAGGUAAUUAUAUUGGCGGGGGGGGGGAUUAAUCAAAAUCAGUAUCAGAUUUUUUUAAUCACUUUUUUAAAAUCAAAAACUCAGCAGCUCUCUCAUUACCAUAUCUAAUGUUUUACAUGUAGCCUUCCCUGCCAAAACUUUACAUUAUUUUGUGUGACUUAACAAAAUACAAUCCACUAUUUACAGAAUAUUUGUACGCAAAAUAGUCAAUGUACCGACAAUGUCUCUCGAGGUAUUUAUAGACUAUUUUUUUAUGUUCAGCUUCUUUUGUGACCCACGUUUCAAGUCUUUGUGCAAAGAUAGCUUCCAGCUUAAUAUCAAAAGCUAGCAUAAGACAAAACAGUGGUAUGUGUUUACUUUGACUUAUUCCUUUUUUUUACUUUUGCAUUUCUCUGUUCGCCUUUGUGAACAUAUGCUGUAAUUCUCUGUGAUGUUUGCACAAAGUACUAUAACAUGAAAUUGCAUACUCUACAUGUAUAUAAUAUCAUAUUAUGACUCGUUUUGUAAAUAAUAAUCUGUUGUUUGUUUUGCUUGUUUACAAUAAAUGUACUGAAGAGGGAAAGUUAAAAAAAGGUUUUUAUGUCUAUAUUUUCUUAGAAAUGUACAGUAUAUUGGCUCUGGGUGUAUCUAAAAGUAUGUUUUGUUAUUUUUACAUUAUGCAUAAUAUAUUUAUUUACAUGUGAUUUGCCUUUGGAGUUGGGAAUAUAUAUUAAAAAUCAUAUGACUGUACAUGCAACUAAACAUGUUCGCAAUGAAA